AUGAAAGCAGACAAAGGCAACAACAUUGUGAUUUUGGACAAAGUAGACUAUGAAGAGAGGAUGGAAAAGUCGAUCGCUGAAGAUGGUUUUACCGUACUUAAGAGAUCACCCUUGAAUAAAAUGGUAGAAGACGCAAGAGGAAUUAUCAAGGAAAUUUCAGAAACUUUCUCCAUUAACAAGUUCAAACUCAUGAUUUCUAAUCCCGAAGUUCCGAAGAUGUAUGGUUUACCGAAAAUCCACAAACCAGGAGAAAAAAUGCGGAAAAUUGUUUCAAAUGUGAAUUCGCCACUCGUCAAAGUGUCCAAAUGGCUUGUUGACGAAAUGAAGUUGUAUGGGAGAUUUGAGAGUGCUAGUGUUCUCAAUACAUUUGAUUUUGUCGAUAAAGUGAAAGAGAUAAGCAUAGAAGAUGAUGAAUCAAUUGUCUCCUUUGAUGUAGAAGCAUUGUUUCCCAGUAUACCUGUCGACGUGGCAAUAGAAUCUCUUAAAUUACAUCUCGAAGCGAAAAAUGUAGACGAAAGUCAUAAGAGAGUGUAUUUGAGAGCAGCAAAAGUGUGUAUGUCACAUAAUUGUUUCGUUUUCCGUGACAAAUUCUACAAAAAUAAAAACGGAACGAGUAUGGGUAACCCUUUGUCCCCGCUCAUCGCCGAAGCUUUCAUGUCUAAAUUUGAGACGGAUUUGAAAAAAGAGGGCCUUUUGCCCAGAAUCUGGCUUAGAUAUGUUGAUGACGUUUUCAGUGUUGUAAAGAAGAAUUCUGUAAACGAAAUUCUAAACACAAUAAACAACAGGUAUAACUCCAUCAAGUUUACGUAUGAGGAAGAAGACGACAACAAUUCCAUCCCGUUUUUAGAUGUUUUAUGCAUGAAACGCAACAAAAGAAUAGAGUUUGAAGUGUUCAGGAAAAAUACAUCAACUGAUCGCUACAUCACGAAUGACUCUUUUUGCUCAUACCAACAUAAAAUAGCAGCGUUCCACUCUAUGGCGUACAGAUUGUUCAAAAUCAAUCCACCAACAAAUUUCGGGUAUCAUUUUCUUAUAUACCAGCGAUCACAAAUCAACUGCGGAAGACCCUGGAAAAAGAAAACAUACACAUCGCCUACAACAACAACGGCAAGCUAA